AUGAACAUUUCAGUCUUCAAAGUUCAUAGGGGCUUCAGACAGUCGCCUCUAUCGCAUCACAUUCGUACCCAGGGAAACGACUUAAUCCUCGAAAUUUAUAGGACAAUCGGUGAGGGCUCGAAGACGGAUAAUAGUUGGUUAACUUAUGAUUGGCUCAAUCAAGAUCCCACGAAAUUCAAGCCUAGACAGGGGCAUUGGUAA